AAACAAAUUUUCUCCCCACUCUUGCAGAUAAGUGAUCAAAGUCAGGUAAAUUUAGUGAUAAGUCGUAAAAAAAUCACAGGAUCACUUCCCCAUCAAAGAGUCACGCUCCUAACACGGCCCCUGCAUGUCUGAGACUGAGAAUCUCAUUAUGCAAAACGUUUCUGACUCUGUCAACUGGAUUUUGUUCACCAACCCUGUGUCCAGCGGAUCGAUUGAAUUCAUCAAGUGUCUUGGACAAAAAUUAGCCACCAUUGCUCCACCAAAGAAAGAAAUUGUGGAGACAAAAGUCGUCAUGAUGGACCUGUACAGGCUUGUAGGAUGCAGUCGGAACUUUAUCCGUCUCGCUGGAGUUUUCGGCUUUGGCGCUGUUGCUUUUGGGGUUUAUGGAGCACAUAUUCUCCAUCCAAAAGAAGGGAAAGGUCAAGAAAAAUAUAUGUUUGACACAGCAAACAGAUAUCACUUUUUGCACACUUUGGCCCUUUUUGCAGCGCCAUUCACAAAACACCCUCAAGUUACCGGAUCACUCUUCACCAUGGGCAUUAUAAUGUUUAGUGGCUCCAUCUAUUACCAAGUAAUUGCAGAGGAUGACUCAUUGAAAAAGUGGCGCAUUACACCAAUGGGCGGAACGUGUCUCAUGCUUGGCUGGCUAUCAAUCAUUUUGUAAGACUUACCUCCUUGCAAGAUUGUUGUAAAUUUUUGUCUCUAAUUGUAAAAAUUCUGUAAACUUAAGCUUUGACACCUAGCUAGCUCUCAGGGUUCUACUUGGAUGGUUCUGUUGUCCAACUUGAUCAAAACGCCAAAGCUCCUGAUGUGUCACUCUUCUCUUCAUUCACUUCUUACGCUUUCUUUUCCUAUGAUCAACCUCAUAUUAACAUCGUAAAAACAUGCAUUUUUCAUGCCUUGGAGUUCACAAUUAUAGGCUAUACAGUUACAAUUUUUUUCUGGUCUUUUGGUGCAUGUCCUCUGGGAGGCAAUUUUUUUCUGUUUUUCAAUUCAUGUUGUCUCAUCAUUUGUGGGUCCAAAAUUUCUCUCUCUGAACUCUGCAUUUAAUCACUUACUACCCAUCAGGCAAGAAUUAAAUCGAGAUCAGAACUCUUGUAGCAGCUUCUGUUUGUACCCUGGUCUAUUGACCAAUUACAUCAAUUUGAGAAAGCAACAGCAUUCAGUGGUAAGAUGUAGUGUGAUCAAAAUCACAAGUAACAGAAAAGGCCCUUGGGCUCUCUGAAAUUGCAAUUUUGCAGUCUGAGAUUCGGGUCAUCUCAACCAUCAGUGCUUUCUAUCACUCUGCAUAUUUUUUUUCAGUCAAGAGCCAGGAGUACACUUCACUCUUUCUAGCAAAUCUACUUAAAUUUUUGACAUCAGUUUUACAGCACAAAUUCAAAUUGAAGUAUUUUUCUGUUUUCAUGCUCUAAUUAACUCCGUUUUUCAAGAUAAAGGUUUCUUUGGAAGAGUAAUAGAAAAUUAGAAAAUCAUUGGUAUUGAUUCAAUUUUCAUUUCCUGAAGAUAAUAAGUUUUCUUUUUUGUUCAUAAUUAAAUAUCGGGAAAGUUAUUUUUUUUUCUUUUGAAAUUCUCAUAAAAUCUGAAAAAAAAAUAUCAGUUAGAUCUUUUCUCUUUGUGAAAAUCCUUUAUCUCUGUCCGCAAGCUUUAUUUUGUGAUUUAUGACACAUUCACAACUUCAGCUUCUGUUUAAAUCAUUAAGACACUCAAUGAUUUUCGAAUCCCUGUAAUUUUUAGAUUGUUGCUUUCUUCGUAUGAUUCUAGUUAGACUUUGGUUUUGCCAAUACACGAGAAAAGGUUAGACUUGUCAAAGUUAGGGCUCUUGCUUAGUGUCUACAUUUUGUAAUUUGUUUUUGUGGAAACUGAAUUUUUUUUGUUAUGAAUGCUUCCCCAGAUUUUGUUUCUUUUUCUCUGGUUAUUUGUAGUUCAAGGAUCUUCAUUUUUCAAAUGUCGUUGUUAUUGAUUGUACGAUAAGUGUUGCCUAGGGUUAUUCUGAAUUGUCUUUAUGUAUCUCAAAUGGACUGAAAGUCACAAUGAGUAUUUGAAUAAAACGAUUUUAUUCUAUCCGACUA